AUUGUCCUUUCCGCCAGUGAGGAGGUGGGUCAGGAUGGAGAGGCGAGGCCUGGCUGCAGCAGAGCUUCUGGAUCGUCUCAGACUGUAGAGGUGCGGGGACUGAGAAGAGGCAGCUCAGAGCCAUGGCGGCGGUGGCGGCGGCGGCGGCGGCAUUGCGGGCCCGGAUCCUGCAGGUAUCUUCCAAGGUGAAUUCCAGUUGGCAGCCAGCAUCCUCCUUCUCUUCAUCUUCAGUGCCAACUGUAAAACUCUUCAUUGAUGGGAAAUUUAUUGAAUCCAAAAGUGACAAAUGGAUCGACAUCCACAAUCCCGCCACCAAUGAGGUCAUUGGUCGGGUCCCUCAGUCCACCAAGGCUGAAAUGGAUGCAGCAGUUUCUUCCUGCAAACGUACUUUUCCUGCGUGGGCAGACACUUCAAUAUUAAGCCGUCAGCAGGUCCUGCUCCGCUAUCAACAACUCAUUAAAGAGAACUUGAAAGAAAUUGCCAGGUUGAUCACGCUGGAACAAGGGAAGACCCUGGCAGAUGCCGAAGGAGAUGUGUUUCGAGGCCUUCAGGUGGUUGAGCAUGCCUGCAGUGUGACAUCCCUCAUACUAGGGGAGACCAUGCCAUCCAUCACCAAAGACAUGGACCUUUAUUCCUACCGUCUGCCUCUGGGGGUGUGCGCAGGCAUCGCUCCAUUCAAUUUUCCUGCCAUGAUCCCCCUUUGGAUGUUUCCCAUGGCCAUGGUGUGUGGAAAUACCUUCCUGAUGAAACCAUCAGAGCGAGUGCCUGGAGCAACUAUGCUUCUUGCCAAGUUGUUUCAGGACUCUGGUGCCCCUGAUGGAACACUGAAUAUCAUCCAUGGACAACAUGAAGCUGUAAAUUUUAUUUGUGAUCAUCCGGAUAUCAAAGCAAUCAGCUUUGUGGGAUCCAACCAGGCAGGAGAGUACAUCUUCGAGCGAGGGUCAAGACAUGGCAAGAGAGUUCAAGCCAAUAUGGGAGCCAAGAACCAUGGAGUAGUCAUGCCAGAUGCAAAUAAGGAAAAUACCCUGAACCAGUUGGUUGGGGCAGCAUUUGGAGCUGCUGGUCAGCGCUGCAUGGCUCUUUCAACAGCAAUCCUUGUGGGAGAAGCUAAGAAGUGGCUGCCAGAGCUGGUAGAACGUGCCAAAAAACUAAGAGUCAAUGCAGGAGACCAGCCUGGAGCUGAUCUUGGCCCUCUGAUCACCCCCCAGGCAAAAGAGCGUGUCUGUAAUCUGAUUGAUAGUGGAACAAAGGAAGGAGCUUCCAUCCUUCUUGAUGGGCGAAGUAUUAAAGUCAAAGGUUAUGAAAAUGGGAACUUUGUUGGGCCAACCAUCAUUUCAAAUGUCAAGCCAAACAUGACCUGUUACAAGGAGGAGAUUUUUGGCCCAGUUCUUGUAGUUCUGGAAACAGACACUUUGGAUGAAGCCAUCAAGAUUGUAAACGACAACCCAUAUGGAAAUGGAACAGCCAUCUUCACCACCAAUGGAGCCACUGCUCGGAAAUAUUCCCACCUGGUGGAUGUUGGACAGGUUGGGGUGAAUGUGCCCAUUCCAGUGCCUUUGCCAAUGUUCUCAUUCACCGGCUCUCGCGCUUCCUUCAGGGGAGACACCAAUUUCUAUGGCAAACAGGGCAUCCAAUUCUACACUCAGCUAAAGACUAUCACUUCUCAGUGGAAAGAAGAAGAUGCUUCUCUUUCCUCACCUGCUGUAGUCAUGCCUACCAUGGGCCGUUAGAAACAAGUCUGUUCCAGACUCGGUGCAUACUGAGUAAUCACUGUUUAUUCUUGACAACUCCAACUGCCUACUUUACUCAGAUCAGAUCCCUGGGAUUGGAAUACCUUGCAACUAAAAACUUUCUCAGGACCAUUGACCACUGUUAAGUUGCUAAUAGGGAGACUCCUAGUGUAACUCUGAAACCAGAUUUUCACUUGCUCUUCAUAAUUUUAUUUUUGAGGUCACUGUUCUAACUGUGAAAUGCUUCUCUGGAAUAAGAGUUUAGACCUGUUUUCUAAAAAUUCUCCCCAUUUCUGAUGAAUGACAUGGAGGGAACAUUAGUGUGUGUCAAGAAGAUCUCCCAAGGAAGAGGAGCUCUUGGAUGGAGACGUAGGUCAAAAAUAAUUCACCCUUUGGUUAAUCCUCAAACACAGUCCUACAUAAAUGCCAGUGGGUCAGACCCCUCUGCCAGGCUUUGCUGAGCCUCUCAUUUAUCCCACAUUACAAAGACAUAAUCCAUCUCUGCUUAUCCCACAGUUGUGACAACUACUGCUUUCUUUCCUGCUGAAUGCCACUUUGUCCUAGUGAUUCAUGAUCACAAAUUCUACCGUUGUCACUAUUCCUGCUUCUUAAAAACCACUUACUAUGGAUACCUCAACUUUUUGGAUAAAUCAACUUUUUGUUGUUUGUGCCAAGUGUUAAAUUUCAGGGUUUGCUUCAGUAAUCAUUAAUUAGUGCUUUAGUCAUUAAUUUAGAUGCCAGCAGGUUUUGUUUUGUUUUUAAGAAAACUAUUUCAAAAGUUAUAUUAGACCCAGAAACCAAGAGGUGUUCCAACCAUGAAAGUCAGCCAGACUCUUUUUUUUUUUUAAUGUUCAACAGGAUCUCGCAUUUAUUGAGAAAUGAUUAAUGGUUUAAAAAAAAGGCAAUGCCCUUUUCUCAUUGGUUGAACAAGAAACUGAAGAAACAUUACCUAUAUGUUUUACAAUGUUUUUCUCUUCCAAAGUUUAUUUCUGAAAACAAGUUUUAACCACUGUUCUGCACUUUGAAAUCAAAUUAAUCCUGACUAAAUCAGUAUAAUGGACAAGAACAGAACAUUUCUUAGGACCCCUGGUACUCUACUCUGAGUAACGAAGGGUCAGAGAAAAUGAACCACCCUUAAAGAUACAACCUUGGGUAACACUGUUAAAUUCUCCAAGACAAAAAUUCUUCCUGAAAAUAUUCUUCCAGUUUUGAAGGGGAAAACAAAAUUCCCACUUUCUGGAGUAGAGACCCAAAACCUUCAAACUCAAGUGUUCUCCAGGUGUGAGCAAGAUUCUUACCUAAAGUAAGUCUAACCUGAUACUACCUGCUGAAUUUCCUAUAUUGUGCUUUUCUCUUGCUUGCAUUUCUCAUUUGUGAUACUUUUUAAUGAAAAAACCUUUAAUGUAAAUUAACUGAUUAGGGCCUAAGAAAUUUCAAAGCUCUCUAUGUGUGAGGUAGUAGAAGAAAUGCAUUGACAGCUCUUCUGCAAACAUCUUUAUGCUUUUUGUUUCUUUGCUACAGCUCGACUUUAAGUCAGAACAGAAAUUUAUAUACUAAACAGAAUAGAUUUUUUCUGCUCUACCAUGCUGGCUGAAUCCUGUCUUUCUGAUACGGUCUUCACCCACUGAACUAGGAGAAAGCUUCUCAUUUCUGAUAAGAGUUCUGGUUGUCAGGCAGAUGAUGUGGGUCAUUAAUUUUUCUGCUUCCUCAUUAGUUACAUAGAUAAUACUAACCUAUUCCAUGGGGGUUAUUUAAUGAAUUAAGGAUGAUAAAAACCUUGAAAAUGUUUGUGCACUCUGGAUUUUAGGCUUAAUAUUACCACCACCUGCUAGAUAGAAUGUCAUAACCUUCAGUCACUUAAGGUGAUUGAACUUUAAUAAAAUCUGUUUUAUGACCCUACUGGCCCAUUUUUUUUAGGGGGGAAGGUCUGCCUUCCUAAAGGUGAAGCAAUAGAAAUUUAUAAUUUUGUAAUAGAAUGCUCCUUGUUUUAUCUCUUCUUACAGCUGGCAACUGAUAGUAAUACUUAAUCCAGCCCAACAACUACAGGCUGGGUUGAAUGAAAGGUCAUUUUUGUCUAAAUUCCAAGUGGAAUUAAAUAUAAUCACAGAAACACCUAAGUUUUCCUUACAUUUAAGGGAAAUCACUCAAGAAAUACUAACUCAUCAGAACUGUGUUGCUAUAAUUAGAAUCAAAUCAAUCAUUUGGCUAGCUAUUUGCUACUCAGAAGAGUUUCUUAUUUCUUAGAUGGAAAAAAUAUCUGUACAGUUCAUGCUAGAAGCAGCUAAAAAAGAGGCCUCAUUUGAAAUUUCUCAGAUUCUACAUUGUACUCAUUGAUUAUGUACAACAAAUUACAAGUAAAAAGCUCUUGAAAAGAAA